UAAAGAGUAAGAUAUUAAAUCAACGAGGCUCACUAAAGUUUAAGAAGGAAAAGAGAAUGCCAUGUUCAAGAAAAGAAGCCUUUGUUAAGCUCUUCUUCAAUGUCACUAAGUUCUUUUUCCUCUUCUUCUACUUCAUCUCCCUUUGUUUUCUUAAACUCUUCACUUUCUUUUUCAGAGCCGAGGAUGAGAUAAUAUAUGAAGAUGAAGAAGAAGAUGAAGAAGAAGAUGAAGAUGAAGAAGCUACUACAUAUUGCAAUAAAGAAGAGCAACAAGAAUAUAGGUACCUACAACAUGAAGAAGAUGAUCAUCAUGAUCAUCAUCUUGUAGCUGAUAUAUUAAAUGAUGGAGAUUUCCUAAUCUUUCAUCCAAAAAACCCAGAUAAUCAUCAUGAUAGUGAUCAUGAUUUUGAAGAUGAUGAACAUGAUAAUUACUUUCACAUUCAAAGAAGCUCUAUCAACUGUAACGAUGAACAACAUCAUCAUCACCGUACCCAGUAUAUCCCGCUCAUAGAAAACUAUGAUCAGAAUUUGGAGAGGAAAGAAAGGCAACAACCCAUAUCCACAAACGAUGAGCAACACAAUAAUAAUAAUUUAUCUGACGUUGGUAGUGAGUCGAGCAACUACUCGUAUAAGACCUUAUUUGAAGACUCAGUUGAUGAACAGCUUGGAUUUGAUAAUGAUUACAAUGAUGAUAAGAUUGAACAGCAUCAAGAUGAGUUCAUCAUAGAAGAUUAUACAUCAAGAUUGGAUUUUAGUUCAGAUUCUGAUCAACUCACAGAAGUUGACACCAUUAAAGACAAUAAGAACACUAAUUAUGUCCACUUUGAUCAGCUCAAACAUGAGGAUACCAUGCCCCAAGAAUAUCCAACUAAUUAUCACGACCAUUUUGCAAGAGAAACUCAAGAAAAGAAGAAUGAAGUAGUAAAAGAAGACACAAAUUUCAAAAGGGAUGAAAAAUUUUUGAUUUAUGACCCACCGAAAUGGGAAGCAAAGAAAAUGGAAGAACUCCAAAAAGAGAAAGAGGUAAUAUUUGAAGAUACAUACACAGUAGGAUCAACUUCAAAAAGUUCAUCCGAUUGGAGGAGUUCAAUAAGAGAUUCAGGUACAGAUGAUCCUUUUUCUUCCUCAUCAAGAAGAAGCUGUCCCAAAUGGGAGUCCUAUGCUGUCUACCAAAAGUAUGAUGAAGAAAUCAUGUUUCUUGAUAGAAUUAGUGCCCAAAAGCUCCAUGAAACAGAAUCUUUGAAGUCAAUUCAAGUGGAGCCAAGAUCAAUGUCUCAAAGAAUUUUCCACAAAAUGGGUACCAAAAAGAAGAGAAGUUCAAAUGAUGAUAUCUACAAGAAGAAUCCAUACAAUGAACUAGAAGUUGCAUAUGUAGCUCAAAUAUGUUUAGCAUGGGAGACCCUAAAUUGGAACUAUGAGAACUUCAAGAGGAAACAAAUGUCAAGAACACAAGAUCACUUAGACCCUGGUUGUCCUGCUCAUGUAGCACAACAAUUCCAACAAUUUCAGGUACUUCUUCAAAGGUAUAUUGAAUCUGAGCCUUAUGAGUAUGGGAAGAGACCUCAAAUUUUUACAAGAAUAAGGUGUGUUGCUCCUAAGUUGCUCCAAGUGCCUGAAUAUCUUGAUUAUGAAGGUGAAGAAAAGGAAGUAAGUAGUGGAAGAAUAGCAUCAACAAUGUUCAUGAAAAUACUAGAAGACUCAAUCCGAACAUUUAUGAAUUUUCUAAAAGCAGAUAGGGAAACUCAUUGCCAAGUUAUCUCAGCUCUUUUUAAGCACCAUCCAAAGGGAUCUAUUCAUCCUACUCUUCUCAAAGUCUAUAACAAACACAACAAAAAGAAGAAGUUGAAGCUAAAAGAGCUACAAAGGAGUAGAAUAUGCUUGAGAAAAAAGAAGCUAACAAAGGAAGAAGAAAUGGAGAUAUUAAUGGGAUUAAUAGACUUAAAAGUGGUGUCAAGAGUUUUAAGAAUGGCAAAUAUAACACAAGAACAAUUACAUUGGUGUGAAGCCAAGAUGAACAAAUUAAGAAUUUUGGAUGGCAAAUUACAAAGAGAUUCCUCUCCUCUUUUCUUCCCACCACAUUGACCCCACAUCAAAUUUUGUUUAAUCUUUUGCUUUUUGACUAGAUUUUGCAUCACCAUGUAUAUCCCUUGCCUAAUUCUUGGUUACCUUUAUCAUAUUGGUUACUUUUUCAGCAUUAUAUCCAUGACCAUCUAAAAUUUUACAUCAGUCAAUGAUAUCACUGUCAAAAGUGCUUAACUUGUAGGUAAAAGAUAAGAGCUUCCGCAACAAAGGAAUAAGAAAAUGGCUUGAAAAUUAAGGAUUGGUCGAUUGUUUUCCUUUCAUCCUUGUAAUAAGAUUUGAUUCUCAUCAAACAUGAUAUGUAGGGAAUUUUAUAUCAAUCAUUGAUAUCAUUGUCAAGAGUGCUUGACUUGUCUUAAGACAAGAUUGUAAGCAAAUAGCUUGCAUGGUGUUAUAGGUAAAAGAUAGGAGCUUAGGUGACAUAGGAAUAAGAAAAAAUAAAUCGUGAAUUAUGGGUUGGUCGAAUGUUUUUCCCUUUCACCUUUGUAAUAAGAUUCAAAUCUCAUCAAACAAAAUUUAUUGGGGAUUUGCGAUCAUUGAUAUCAUUGUCAAGAGUGACUUGUCUUACAACAGCAUUGUAAGCGAACAACUUGCGUAUAAAAGAUAGGAGCUUAGGCAACAAAGGAAUCGGAAAAAUAGUUCGAGAAUUAUGGGUUGAUAGACUGCUUUUUCUUUCACUAUUGUAACUAGAUUUGAUUCUCAUCCAUAAUAAAAAAAAAUGAGAAAAAUGGUUGUUGCAUAAGCUAUAUGAUAAACCCUAAACGUAGUGUUGAAUAUCCUAGUGGACACACUUUUUGUAAAUAGAAACCAAAAAUAAGGGAGAAUCUUAAAAAGCAAGAGGGUAUGUAUUUAACUUUGUUUUGGAGUCCUUAAUGUGCUAAACGUGUAAAGUGAAAGAACAGGAAGCAAAGCAAGGAACAAGAGGAUUGAGACAAUGCAUUACUUUAGCUUUUUACUUUUUUAUUUGAUUUUUUGCUUUUUAAUAAAAAUAUAUAAUUGUUUGUAAAUGAGGAAAAAAAAUAUUAAGAUGGAGGAAAUGCAAAUGAAAUUGCAGGCUUGCAGUGGGA